GAGCCACUCACCCCCGGCCCUCUCCGGGGGUUCCCAACCUCCAGAGGACAGACAAGCGCCGCCAACUCGGUGCCCAGCGGACCCACGCCAGCCUCUCGCCCGGAGGCGCUGCGCCCAAGCCCGGAGGCCCGGCGAGCGCCAGCGGAGGAGCCCCGCAGACGCCAUGCUAAAAGCCAAAAUGGCUGCCCCGAGGAUGCCCGCAGCGCGCCGCCUGUGAGGAGGGAGCCGGCCGCUGCGGGAGCGGGGGAGGGGGCGCCGGGGACGCAGUCGCCGCUCGCCAAGCCGGAGCCUCCCCCAGGCUGUAGCUGCACACAGCCCUUGCCGUAACUUUUAAUUCUCUUUGGAAAGAAACUGGCCGGCGGGGAAAAUGAUCAAGUUUUUCCUUAUGGUGAACAAGCAAGGCCAGACCCGGCUGUCUAAGUACUAUGAGCACGUAGAGAUCAAUAAGCGGACUCCUCUGGAAACGGAGGUCAUCAAGAGCUGUCUGUCUCGAUCCAGCGAACAGUGCUCGUUCAUCGAAUAUAAGGAUUUCAAACUCAUCUACCGGCAGUAUGCAGCUCUCUUCAUUGUGGUCGGAGUUAACGACACUGAGAAUGAAAUGGCUAUUUAUGAAUUCAUACACAAUUUUGUGGAAGUUUUAGACGAGUACUUCAGCCGAGUGAGUGAACUAGAUGUAUCCUUUUUCAGAACAUUUUUCCAUGGUAUGUGGCAAAGCCGCUCGCUCUAGGUGUAGUCAGGGCCCGUGCUGAUCUCUCUACCAUUCCAGUUUUAGUGUGGGCGCUGAAGAGGGCACAACUCAUACCUGACUCCACCUUCAACGUCUUAGAAGCCAACCAAGCCACUACAGAGAAACACCCCCACAAAGAAAGCCUUGUGACUGCCUUUGCCGCUCAGACAACAGAACCUCGAGCUCUUUAUCAAGAGCGUUCUGUGCACACCGCUGUGGAGGGUGAUGUGCAGCGGAGGAAGAACUGUGUGGGCCCUGGGCGGUCCUCCAAGAGUUCUUCCGGCUGUGGGAGUCCUCCAUGAAGCACAGUGCUGUUCGCAUGUAAGGAUGGGGAGAGGCCGUGUUCCCUUUCCUAAAAUUCUACAUAGAGAUUUGAACGUUUGAAUCCAGGAAGAGCAGAACCCUAGUCAUACGAGCCUUCAAAAGCCCAACGGUGGUUGUCUGCACUCAUCUGGACAGGCACGGGGAAGGCUUCUGGCCCGUGGAGACAACACACAAUGUGUUGUGAAGUCAUCAGGAUCUGGGGAAAGCCCCACCUAGAUCAAAGACCUCCAAGGUCUUGCUGAGCAGUGGCGGAGGCGGCGUCGGCAGCAGCAGGGAACCACUGGCCUAGUUGGUAGGCACUUAAUCAGUAACGCAUGGAGGAAACUGGUGCACCCGCAGCAGCUAGGGAGUGAGCAAAAUUAACUUUUGGGUCACGCUAAAAUAGUCCAUGAAUUAUAUCUUGGCACAGAUUUUAGGACCUUUAGAGAAUAUUGAAGUUUAAAAAUAUUAAGUAGAUACCAUAGGAAAUACACUGACGAGCUUUACUGUAUUUGGAGACCCCAGAAUGUCUGCCAGCACCUGAGUCCAAGUGAGCUGUGCUGUGGCUGUGGGUGUCCUGUAGGUGUGCUGUGGCUAUGCUGUGGUUGUGGGGGUGCUGUGUAGCCACCCCCCUUCAGCUGAGUGCCUGCAGCGACUUUUGACUCUCCUGGCAGAGCCGAUCUGCUCAGAACAUCAGAACACUGUAGCAGUAGUGCAAAGACAACCCCACAUGGUCCAUAACUGAAAGAACAUAACUAACUGUUCUAAUGAAACUAUGGACAUGUCAGGGCUGGGGGUGUCGGCAGGAUGCUUGCCCAGCAUACAUGAGGCACAGGUUUGAGCCCUUAGCACUCCAUAAAGCAGGCGUGGUGAUGCAUGCCUGUAAUCCCAACACUGGGAAGCCAGAAGUUCAACGUCAUUCUUGACUAUAUUGAGUUUGAGACCAGCCUAAGUCAGCAAUCUUGAAAAAAGGUAUUAAUAAAUACUUUUACUUCAUUUUCAACCAUCUAAAAACCUGGGGUCAGUGAGUAAAGGCACUUGUCCCCAAGCCUGGUGACCUGAAUGUGAUUCCUAAGACCUACAUGGUAGGAAAAAAAAUUCCCUCUUUUUCUUUUAGACAGGACUUUACCAGCUGCCCUGGAUAAAACUCAGAGAUCCACCUGCCUCUGCAAUUAACGGUUUAACGGUGUGGGUCACCACACCCAGCUGGAGGAAACCACCACUUACAAAUUGUACUUCUGUACAUGUGCCGUAGUACAUACACUAUUCUCCCCCAUUCCCAUGUGUGUGCCGUGGUACAUGCACUAUCUAUAGCCCCCUCCCCAAAUCCUAUAUGUGUGCCAUGGUACAUGCACCAACCCCCAUUCCCAUAUGUGUGCCGUGCAUUAUCCACCCCUCCCUAAUCAGUGUUUAAAAACAAGACUAGCCUUUUUUUUUUUUUUUUUUCCAUGUGGUUGCUGGGAAUUGAACUCAGGACCUCUGGAAGAACAGCCAGUGCUCUUAACCUCUAAGCCAUCUCUCCAGCCCCAAGACCAGCCAUUUUAAGAUCACACUUACCUCGUGGUUAGUAAGAAUAGUGAGUCAGCAGACCAUGAUCUGCUAUUCCACCACCAAAAUAGCCUUUACAAAAGCUCACCACUUAUAAGUUUUUUUUUCCUCUUGCUUAAAAAUUUAAAUAAUGGCAAUACUGUACACAUAAGUGGUUUCAAGUCUAGAGUUUUAGUUGUGUAGCCAUGACUUCACUGAGAAGUUAAAACAAAAAACGAACAACAAAAAUCUUGACUUUUCUGAUUGAAACAUAGGUAAUAUACAGAAAUGUCGCUGUUAUGUCUUAAUUAUUCAUUUGUAUAUUAUGUGCAUUGCUGUUUUGUCUGCAUGUAUGUGUCUGUCAGGGUGUUGGAUCCCCUGGAACAGGAGUUACAGACAGUUGUGAGCUGCCAUGUGGGUGCUGGGAAUUGAACCCGGGUCCUCCAGAAGAGCCUCCAGUGCUUUCAACAACCCCUGAGCCAUCUCCCAGCCCUGUGUCUUAACCUUAACAAGUGCCUUUACUCACUGACCCCAGGUUUUUAGAUGGUUGAAAAUGAAGUAAAAGUAUUUAUUAAUACCUUUUUUCAAGAUCGCUGACUUAGGCUGGUCUCAAACUCAAUAGAGUCAAGGUUCACAAGUCAACUGUGAAGCUGAUGAAGUAAACGUAAAGGCUGGCCCUGGCUACACACUCACAACACUGGUUCCACAUACAAGGCUUCAACCAAGAGCAGACUCACAAUCUGGAAAAUCGCCAACACUGAACGCUUACAGGCGUUUUCUUACACAGGAUUUGCCCAGUGUUGGGUACAGUAACAGAGAUGAUUUCAAGCCUCCAGAAGGGUAUGGGCAGGACAUAUGCAGAUACUUUGGCAUUUGUGUAAGAGAUAAUCCUGCAACCGAUCCUCUGAGGAUUCUGACAGGACUGAAAACACUGACUGUGGCUAUCUCUUACGGUAGGUAAUGUACCUAGUGCUGAGCAACUUCAAAUAUAUUCCCAGUGCCUUUUAAAAGCCAUCAUGGGGAGCUGGAGAGAUGGCCCAGUGGUUAAGAGCACUGGCUGCUCUUCUAGAGGACACAGGUUAAUUCCCAGCACCCAUACUGUGGCUCACAACCAUCUGUAACACCAUUCCUGGGGGAAUCUGAUGCCCUCUUCUGGCCUGCACGGGUACUGCACACAUGGUGCAGUCAUAUUUGCAGGCAAAACACACACACACACACACACACACACACACACACACACACACACACUCUUAGAUAAAAAAAAAUUAAGGUUGUUAUUAUUGUUGUUAAAGCCAUUGUGGUAACAAAAUAACUCUGGAGAUUAGAAAUAUACCUGCUGGGUGGUGGUGGCUCAUGCCUUUAAUCCCAGCACUUGGGAGGCAGAGGCAGGUGGAUCUCUGUGAGUUGGAGGCCAGCCUGGUCUACAGAGCUAGUCCAGGACAGGCU